GGUACUUCGCCUUGGAUUGGGCAGCGGUCAAUCAAACGCGAUAAAUCCUCCCCUCAGUCGGGCUAAGCCAGCGACGCAAGGUGCAUCAUCCACCAUUUCGCCGCUGCCAACACUGUCUUUGUUGGCGUCUACGCAAUCCAGCGAAUAUCGAACGCAAUUGGCACUGAUCAGUAGAAAGGCUCACUAAGUCGCCAUCUCGCCCUGAGCGCUAUCAUCGCAAGACCGUGAUCUCGUCCUUUCCCGUCGCUGCCGCCGCCUUUCGUUCUCAACUUUCCACUUCGAGAGCUCCCCACUCCCCUCCAUACCACACGCUCCGAGCUCCAUCACCGCUCGCUCCCCUCGAUUUCCACCGUAGCCUCGCAGUCUCCGUCACGUCACGUCGCGCCAUCUGUACCAUAGUCAUCGAACACUCCAUAUCUUGUCUUGCCAAGAGCACGCGAGCGACUCAACACCAUGGUUGACAGCGACAUCAACACCCCGACGUGGAAAUUCACACAGUGUUUCGGCGACAAGGGAGAUGUGGAAGACAUCACUGAAGCCGAUAUUAUUUCCACCGUCGAGUUCGAUCACACUGGCAACUAUCUCGCCACUGGCGACAAAGGAGGAAGAGUCGUACUGUUCGAAAGGAACGAAACGAAGAAGUCCUGCGAAUACAAGUUCCAUACCGAGUUCCAGUCCCACGAGCCCGAGUUCGAUUAUCUGAAAUCCCUUGAAAUAGAGGAGAAGAUUAACAAGAUCAAAUGGUGCCGCCGACAGAAUGCUUCGCAUUACCUUCUAUCGACCAACGACAAGACAAUCAAACUUUGGAAGGUCUUCGAAAAGUCACUCAAGGUCGUGGCGGAGAACAACCUCUCCCAUGACCUGACGCCUGCCAAUGUCGCUGGUGGCGGUGGCGCCCCUCGUCCUCCGCCAUCUUCCUCGUUCCAGACAGCCGAUGACCUGAAGCUCCCGCGGUUGACCCAUCAUGACACAGUAGUUGCUGCUGUGCCACGCAGGACCUAUGCCAAUGCUCAUGCCUACCACAUCAAUAGCAUCUCAGUCAACAGCGACGGGGAAACGUACAUCAGCAGCGAUGACUUACGGAUCAACCUAUGGAACCUGAAUAUCCAGGACCAGAGCUUCAAUAUUGUGGACAUAAAACCAGCCAACAUGGAGGAGCUGACCGAAGUCAUCACAGCGGCCGAGUUCCACCCUCAAAGCUGUAAUUGGUUCAUGUAUGCCAGUUCAAAAGGCACGAUCAAGCUGGCAGACAUGCGGGAGAGUGCACUCUGCGACCAGCAUGCUAAGAGUAAGAUAGUCAUCCAAGAGGAAGAUCCCCAGUCCAGAUCCUUCUUUUCUGAGAUCAUAUCUUCGAUCUCUGAUGUGCGAUUCUCGCACGACGGCCGUUACAUCCUAUCGCGCGACUACCUGACUGUCAAGAUCUGGGAUAUCAACAUGGAACGUCAGCCGCUGAAGACGAUACCGAUACACGAGCAUCUGCGACCUAGAUUGUGCGAUACUUACGAGAACGACAGUAUCUUCGACAAAUUCGAGGUCGUAUUCUCCGGCGACGCCAAGAACGUGAUGACAGGCAGCUACAACAACAACUUCAUGAUCUACCCUUCAGAUCCCGAGGCGGAGACCGAGGUCGUGCUACAGGCGGACAAAUCGGCUUUCAAGGCAAAGAAGAUUGGAGUACCGACGCCCAUCAAUUCAGCAACGAGCCCUACUUCCAACGGCAAGAAGAACGGAUCAAGAGCAGGCAGCCCGUCGGGGGGCGCGCAGCGCAUGAAGAGGGAAACAGAUGCUGAACAAAUGGACUUUAACAAGAAGAUUCUCCACAUGAGCUGGCAUCCGUUCGAGGACAGUAUUGCCAUUGCGGCGACAAACAAUGUGAGUUCCUCCCCUCAUGCUAUGAUUGGCGCACAUGCGCUAACAGUAGUCCAAGCUCUUCGUCUUCUCUGCGUUGUAGGGUUCGCGAAUCGCUCCACACACCAGCGGGAAACCAGCGGCAAGAAAGCCUUCCUGGAAGCCUUGCCCACAAUGACUGAGGUGCGGCGCCGGAUCAUCAGUGAUGGGAAGUCAUCUAAGGCAAAUCAGAAUGGCUCGGCGAUACCGAAAGACGUGGCACGAGGCGUGAUACUAGGAGUCGCUACCGAAAUGGCACCGACUCUCCUCGCGACCACUGUCAUGCUAAGCUUGAUUUUCGGAGGCUGCUGCUCGAAUGUCUAUGCCCUCGAGAAGGUUGUCAACUUCGACGCUUCCAGCGGCAUCCUUCUCACCUUCACACAAUUUCUCUUUGUGGCCGUGACCGGGUAUGUUGCGCAGUUUGAUCGGUCACGUCCUCCUUUCUACUUGACGCCGAAUAAAGUACCAAUCCGCAGAUGGCUUGUCAAUAUUGUACUAUUCUUCGGUAUCAAUGUGUUGAACAACCAUGCCUUCAGCUAUGAUAUCUCUGUCCCCGUGCAUAUCAUCCUUCGAUCGGGAGGAAGUAUUACGACAAUGGCAGCCGGCUAUCUCUGGGGGAAGCGAUAUCCUCGUGUCCAAGUUAUCGCAGUAAUUCUGCUCACCUUUGGUGUCAUCCUCGCGGCAUGGUCCGACGCUCAAGCAAAGACUGCUUCGCCUGAUGAGGCGAGACCUGCUUUCGGAGCUGGCUUGAUCAUCCUCUUUCUGGCACAAGUUCUGUCCGCGAUCAUGGGCAUAUACACAGAAGUGACCUACCGUGAGUAUGGUCCCCAGUGGAAAGAGAACCUCUUCUACUCUCACAUGCUAUCCCUGCCCCUCUUCCUGCCCUUCUUACGGUCUAUGUAUACCACCUACAAAAGCAUGGCCAUGACAGAGCCGCUGGAAGUGUUGACUCCAUGGCCCGUACUCAACAACCUCAUCAACGCUGUUCCCAGCCAAGUUGUGUACUUGUGGGCCAAUGUUUUCACACAAUACGCAUGUAUUCGGGGCGUCAACUUACUUGCCGCUGUGUCUUCGGCUUUGACAGUCACCAUUGUCUUGAACAUUCGAAAACUUGUCAGUCUGCUACUGAGUAUCUGGCUAUUCGGUAAUUCGCUGGCGACGGGCACACUGAUUGGGGCGGUCAUCGUGUUCAGCGCCGGAGGCCUUUACUCCUUUGGUCGCGAAUCAGGGGGCAAGCGAGCUCAAAGCCAGGGCGGAUCAGAAAAGAAAGCCAUGGGCGAAGAAAAGUCUGGCUAGUGAGACAGAAUUGGCUCAGGCGGGCUGAGGUGCAUCGUGGCAGACACUUCAUCACUCUUAGAGUAGACGUUGUGACAGCUACCUGGUACGUUUGAAGUAGUUCAACGAAAUGCAUCGCAUCAUAUCCGAACAUGAGAUCAAACAGAAAAUGCGCCAUCUUCUGCAUUUGCCAUAUACGACGGCGUUCACAGAGCAUACUACGUAUACUUGGCUGAACCAGAGAAAACCCUCAUAGUCGUGUACGCAUGCUGACGGGCACGAUACUGAGUCGAACAGUCGACGAUAUCUAUCAUCGAUAUACGCAUAAUUGUGCAUAUAGGCAUGCUCCGCCGGGAGGCACCUAAAGUGUGGCGGCCCCCGCCAACGCCUAAUGACGGUCCAAGUGUCAC